AUGACUGCUCUCCGGAACCCAAAGGGAACAGCCAUUGCAUCGAGAAAGGGAAUGGAGAAAAUCAUCUACGACUUCUACUCUGAUCUUUUCGACAGCCAUGUCCACUUGCCUCCUCACCAUCUGAGGGAAGACGGACGUGUCAUUCCAGAGAUUCUCCCGUCCGAAAUACGACAUACUAUCAUGUCGGUAAGAAAUCGUACGGCACCCGGUCUCGACGUAAUAAGACCAGAAAACCUGAAGAACCUUCCGCCAGUACUCAUCGACAUCAACCUGGCGUUAUCUUUACACGUUAUCUGUCGGAAUGCAAGGUUCCUAAACAGUGGAAGACCAGCAAGACCGUGUUGUUGUAUGAGAAGGGAGAUCCACAUGACAUCGGUGACUAUUGCCCAAUCUGCUUACUGUCCAUCAUCUAAAAGCUCUUUACAAAGAACUAUUAGCAACAUUUAUACUGCUUCGAAACUCACCGAGGUAUCACGAGAAUGCAAGAUACCGCUUUGUUUCACCUUCGUCGACUUGAAGAAGUUCUUCCAUUCAGUUGAGAGGGAAGCGAUCAUGGAAGACCAAGGCGUCCCUACUCAGAACGACACUGGAACGACAGGUUCCAUUCCAACUGAACUGGAGAGUGAAGCUGAAUCUACAAAAGACGAUGUUCAUGCGCAACGGAUGGAUCUCGGAUGCCCCAUUCACGCUCAACAGAACGAAUGCACCAGCUACGUUUAUCUGGGUCGGAAACUGAAUAUGAUGAACGACCUGACUCCCUACCUGGGCAGGAGGAGACGGGCGGCUUGGGGAGCGUAUAAGAGCAUCGAGGAUGUAAUGAAGAAGUCCAGAAACACCCGGCUCCGUGCUCACCUCUUCAACACCACCAUACUUCCUGCUUUGAAAAAUGGGCAUGUCGCAAGCAGGAAGAAAACGCGGUGCUACGUUCAGGAAGGUGGACGGGAAAUUCACAUGCGAGAUGAACACGAAAUCAGUGUGCUGUUUGCUCAAUCGUCCGAGCGUAGCCGAAAUCGUGAGCAGCAGGUUACAGACGUUGCAGAUCCGGAUGCUGCUCCUCCAACGCAGCAUGUACCAAAUUGGAGCCCAAGAAUUAAAACAAUGAAUUUCCGAAAGCAGUUCUUUAACGUUAUCCAGACACCAGUACUUGAGGAUACUGCACAGUGCGUAGAUCUCAUUCGCGUCUUGCGUGGUGUACUUGGAACAAUAUCGAGAGUUGGCGAGGAGAGAGGAGGAGUUUGA